AUGGAUGAACAUAUGAUCAAGUAUCAAAGGGAGGGACGAGAGUCGCGAUAGGUGCAAUUCUCAAGAUUCUCAAAAGCUACUGGACUAGCUAGAGAUUGUAUGUACGAGGUCGCACGUUGAUGUCGGUCUGUCCGUCCAAAGGAACAGUGAUUUGAAAAAGCGCUAUAUUUACACGGCGAUUCCUGGAACGGACCAAAAAAAUUGUAUUCUCACAACAGCAGCUUACACCGAUCAACUUUACGGCAGAACUGUAACGCGCAAACGGCAUACAUACAAGUCGACGAUAGCGCGCGCGCAGAGUGUGUGCCGGAAGAAAUUUUACGUUAGGAUAAGGUCUCUUGUACGACGAUAAAUACGACUGAGAAAAUGGCUGUACCGUCAGAGAACGUCAUGAAUACAAACCUCGACGAUCCUGUAACAAAGGCAGUGGUCGAUAAUAUAAUGGGUAACCUACCCACAAAAAAGCCUCUCGUUCGAUGCGAAGACUGUGACCUUUCCUUUACAAGUCAGGCAGUAUUAGAUACGCAUUUACAGGGUGCACGUCAUGCCAAACAGGUAAGAUCUAAGAAUAUAAUGGCAACUCUUGAGGAAACGAAGAUCUCAUUUACCAAGGAUGAAGAGACAAACGGACUCAAAUGCAAUGUAUGUAACGUGUGCCUGAAUUCAAUCCAGCAACUACAAACGCAUCUCAAUGGAAGCCGUCAUAAAAAGAAAUUAAUGAGAGGUAAUAAUAAAUCCUAUAUGGUAAGAAAAACACUGCCAUAUGGUCUUAAAACUAAUCGCUUCAUGUACCUGGAUAAAAUAGAGAAAAAUACAGUUGUAUUAGUUUAUAGUUUAGUAUUGUUCGCAUUCGCAUGCUUGACGCUACUGCUUACUUUUGCUUUUCACUUCUUUCUCUGAAUUAACUAUGUGGAAUUAAC